UGGAAUUACUUUUUCCUUUACGAUGGCUCGAAGGUUAAGGAAGAAGGAGACCCUACGAGUGCCGGCAUUUGUUACUUUUACCCCUCUCAGACUCUCCCCGACCGGCAGGAGCUGCUGUGCGGGCAGAUUGCCGGGGUGGUGCGCUGCACGGCCGAGAUCGCCGGCGAUCCCCCGAGCCUCCUUCGCCUGAGGAAGCUCAAAGCUUCGUCAGUGUCAGCAGACUUUGGCUCUAUAAAGAGCAGCUUCACGGUGGAGGCUCUGGGCUGUGCCGUGGAGCUCCCUGAUGUCAGCUGCAGACGGUUCCUGGAGCAGCUCAUCAGCCUCUUCAUCUUCUACCACGGACCCGUGCGCCGUGCGUACAUGGCGUUUUCUCGGGAGGAACUGAGCAGGCAGUGGGACAGAUACAUUGAACAUAUCCAAAAAAACACCAGUGACCUCCACAAGAUUUUCAGUUCUCUCUGGAAUCUGGACAAAACCAAGGUGGACCCCCUGCUUCUACUGAAAGCAGCUCUCAUCUUGCAAACUUGCCAGCGCUCUCCCCACGUCUUGGCAGGCUGCAUUCUCUACAAAGGCUUGAUCGUGAGCACCCAGCUGCCACCUCCACUCACUGCCAAAGUUCUCCUCCAAGGCGACGAGUCUGCAGGCCAGAGUGAGCCUGGAGGUGAGGAGCAGCGGGCGCCUGACUCUCCGUUGCCGCAGGAUGUCCGUAUCGUCCCGGUAUUCCUAACAGAAGAUGAAGUCUCAGUGCUCCGAGACUUUCCGGUGGAGUGGGUGACCAGGUCAUCCGUGUCCCCAGCAAGCCCUAGAGAAGAGAAGAAUGCUCUCUGCUCCGAGGCAGCUUCAGAGUCAACAGGAGUUGAUGAAAACCAAGACCUGAACAGUAUCUUUGGGCAGGCAUCCCCUGAGCAAGCUUCAAGCACAGCUGCACCAGAAGGUGCUGUGCGAUCAGGCAGCCUCGCAAACACCAGUGCUUUGAAGGACUUCCCUGAAACGGAGGCCGGUACAAAGAAUUCUCCAACUGCAGAGCUGAGCAGAGCAGACGGCAGGAGCUCAGAGCUCAGCAGAACAGCGUGCUUCCCGUCGGAGAGAGACACGAAGCAGCUGCCAGGCCCUUCCACACACCGUGCUGCUGAGUGUGCUCAGACUGCAGCUCCGCAGCUGGAAGGCUUUUGCUUUCCAAACCCUUACGCCCGGGAGCAGGAGGGUCAGAACAUGGGGAAAUCCCUUGCGGACUCUGACGUUGAGCGAGGCAGUUUCCAAAGUUACGCUGCAGCCAGCGGCAGUCCCGCUGUUUGCUCUCCUGCCCAGGGGUUGAGCAGAAGGAAAUCAAGUGACCAAGACGAGCAAGGGACUGUGAGCCAAACUGGUGUCUCUGGCGAAAGCAGCGGUGCAGCUGGUGGCAGUGAGGGGGGGUUGGACGAUCCAGUCGCUGCUGCACGGUCAGAGCUCCGAGGCCGGCGUCAGCUGCCGGCUGCAGAGGCUCAGGAGCAUCUGCCUGGGGACCCAUCAGAGAACACGGACUGUCCCCGGCGGGGGGGCUGUCUGCCUCGGGUGGACGGGCUGGGAGCCCAGGCUGGCGUGGAGUCGGGCAGGCAGUGCAGACCGGUUAAGAUGAGCUUGUACGUUCACUGCAUUAAGGGCCUCGUGCUCUGCCUGCUGGCUGAAGAUCACCUCCGAGAGGACCAGAGCUCCGCUGAGGAUGUGUACCACAGCAGCCUGGCUUCUCUGAACGGCCUCGAGGUUCAUCUGAGGGAGACUCUGCCCAAAGACUCCUCUUCCUCGGCCAAGACAACCUACAGCUUCACUCACUAUGACUGCGUUCAGAACGUCCUCACAGCCAACCUGCCCCAGGCGCCCGGCCCGCUGGAUCGGCACUUCCUGAGAGCGGCUGCGCUGAUCCACUCCGACUUCCACCAGCUUCCGACUGCCUCAGAAGUGAUCGUUCGGAACGCCUCCACGGCCGUGUACGCCUGCCGGAACCCCGUCCAGGAAACCUACUUCCAGCAGCUGGGUGCUCCGCUCCGCAACUCGGGUGUUCCCAACCCUCACGACAGCGCGUUCAGCUUGCCGAGCAAGGCCAAGCAGAAGCUGCUGAAGCAUGGAGUGAACCUGCUUUGA